AGAGCUCUUCCACAAAUCCAUUCGUUGCGACGUCGCAAGACGAAUCCGAGAAUUUUCAACUGCCCUAUGGACUAAUGAGUUCAAUUAUUACCAUUGACUGUCGGCCCGGACCGUAAAGUGUAACAAAAUCUCUGUGCUCAGGGCCUCAGCAGUGCUGGGUUGUCGAAGCUCGGCGUCACCAAGGCAUCUUGCUCGUGGCAUUUUGGGUGCCGAUGAGAAAUGAACUUUUAGGCGUGUGCGGACGACAACACGGUUCUGACCCAUGGGUGUUGCUAUUUUAGGCACCACUCAUCUGUCUGCUAUCUUGAGGCCAGAUGUGGAACCUUGAACUAACUAGAAUGUGGUCGGUCUGAGUGGCCGUACGACGACCGUUUGAAGACCAGGUGAGCAGAUGCUUCUAGUGGCUUCGCAGGCAUGUGUUGGUGGGAAACAGUCGAUCCAACGUUCUAUCGCUAUUGUCUCAUCUAGAGCCAAGCCCGAAGCGGAGUGCCCGCGAGGCAACUGAUUUCAGCAUCCUCUACUGAUAUCAGUGGCACUGAGGACAGUGGUGCAUCUUUCGAGGAAGCAGUACAACGACCAAGUAGCAGUUAAACUUAUAAGUGAGUUUUACUAAAUUGCCAUUGACUCAAUUAGCUGUUUCCGUGAUUUUAACGCUGGGCUAUUUUGCAUUUUUAGUGUCGCUUUCGCCUCAUCAUGGGCUCCGGUAUCUACCUUCAACACUGUAUCACGUUGUAAUUCUAUGCUUUACUUUCUUCUAAUAAACUUUUCGGCACAAGUUAAACUUUCCCCUCUUUUGGACUAGUUUUGAGGCUGUCUGAUCUGUUUGCCAUUGUGAAUGGGAGUUUGAUCCGGAGAAGGACAUCCGCGGAUGGGAGGGAAGAACAGACCCGCCAAUGCAAUGAAGUAGUGGAUUGCACGGGCGACCUGCUUGCUACAUUCUGCUGUCUCUUUUUGAUCAUCCUGGUAAAGCGUUGACUGACAGCACUUUGUUGCAAUGAAUAAGACCUCUGUCUCUUCAAAUAUUGCAUUGCCGUACUUUCCUGUUCUCUAUGUUCGUUGCCACUGCUACCGUUGGGAGUGGCGUAACAGCUGAUAGUACACAGAGUUUAGUCUACGUCGUGAAGUCUGACUUGUCGUACAUUUCCUUAUUUUGGACAUCAAGCGAAGUUGUGUAGGGGUGUCCUCCUUAAAGUCUGAGAAACUUUGUGAUCAGAUCUCAUCAGGCGUCUUUACACAACACCAGAAUAGACUCACAGCAUAAUUGAGUUAAUAGAACGAUUGAUUGACUGACCGGAAGAAAUGCGGGCGACUUGAAGAAUAUAACAGGGAACAGAAUAGCAUUGCCGACAAAGACAGGGGAGAGCGGAAUGGCCAUUUCCGGCUUAUUAGCCGUCGUCACUCAGCCAUGCCCGAGUCCUAAGUGUAGGGUACCUUGGGCUCGAUCCCGCGACCUGUUUGUUAGAAGGGCCACGCCCUAACCACUGGGCCAUGGGCUCGUUUCCCUGUCGAUUUCGACAGGGUACAUGCAAUGGUAGAGGGACGCUCAUCGGUCGCGCUACGAAAUUUACUCGUCCCGUUGUGCAUUGGGGCUCUCAUUCGAACCCCGCCAGCUGGCACACAGGGGGCGUAAUAUGGGCAGAAUAGCAUUACUGACAAAGACGAGGGAGACCGGAAUAGCCUUGUCUUGCUUAUUACCCGUCGGGGCAAACAAAUUCGGUAACGCGAUCUGUGAGCGUCCAUCUACCAUAACUGGGUCCGAUAGUCCUCAAAAAACGGGAAGUAAUCGCCAAUCCGACGCCCUAAUCGGCUGGAGAUUGUUGACUCCACAGCAUACUGAAGAAUACCCAGUGUUAUUCCAUUGCUAUGCCUUGCGGAUUUGAAUGCUAUUACAGAGGACAACUCGUCUCCGCACGGGAUGAUCUCUAGGGUCAAGAAAAGCUCCCCACACCACGAGCACCACAGUGAGACCUAGUAAUUAUAUUUCUUUAAGCCGAGGCUCUGUCUGUAGGACUCGAACACCAGAAGCUGAGGGUUCCAGAUCACAACAUCAUUGCAUAGCUCAGGUCUUAAGUAAAGCAAAGGAAUCGGAAGUGGCUUCGGACGCCAUUAGAACUCCCCGUAAGACGCCAACUUUGGUAACUGAGUAGCGAAUGGAGUGGCAUUCGAAGUCGUGGCAUAACGAGUGAUGCAGAUUGUUGGGUGACCAUCGGCGAUAAAACAACUGCGGGGAACCGAAACAAUGUACGGGGCAGUAACGUCACACCAUGUCGCUGCGUUAAUGGGGAGUUCUGCGGAUCUGCCAGUCGUAUGCGGUUCCUACAUCACUUUUUGAGGUUUUACGUAUGACGAACUAGUUUCUGGAGUUUCAACAUGCAAAAAUCCAGGGACUGGGACUGUAGACGUCAGAGGUAGUUGGAACUCGCUUAACAAGCGGACAUUUCUUUCAGUAAUCACGACAAAAGACGCGUCAGGUUGGUUGGUCCCACCAUGGCAAAAUUUCCAGUUAAAUGUCUUGCUCUGCACACUAACCCACCUACUCGGUUGGCUUACCUCAGUCCUUUUGAAUCCUAUUUAAUCCCUAGAGACAUCUCAUAUGAAACCGCUAUGACAAAACCUCUGCAAGUCUCGUCAAAAACAGUGGUCAUUCAGCCUGGCUCAACAAUUCUUCGGAUUGGCCUGGCAUCGGACAGCAGACCGACAGUUUUGCUCAGCUGUAUCGCUCGACGACGAAAAUCGACGGCAACAUGCACCCACUCUUCAGGUUUUCCGGGACGAAAAGUCGCUGUGAAUUCGACCCCGUUAGAGAGCAUACCCGAAGAUUUGUUUGCAGAAGCAGAGAAACUGCAAGCGCGUGCCCUGCCAAGAGAAGGCUUCAAGUUUGCCCACAUACCGGAAGAUCCUGCCGUUAAUAAGAAACCGGACGAUAAUCGGACAUUUUUUCCGUUUCUCCAUGGUCUCGAACAGUUUGAAAACGAGGAUUUUAUUGUUAACUGGCCGAUCCAGGCCGGUCGAUUCAAUCCCACCCAGUCGCCAACCAGUGUCGUCCAGGAUCUGGAGGAUAUGUGGUCGUACGCUUUGGAAAACUUUGUGCGUGUCACACGUUCUUAA